AUGUUCGUGCGUAAGGAUAAUUAUGAUUUUAUGGCCUACCUCGGUGAGGUCCUUAUCCCUGAAAACGCGGGUUUACCCAUGUGCAUGGACAUAUUCUACAACACAACAAAUUAUUUUCAAAUGGGAGUCUUUUCAAAGUGUGUAAGAAGAUUAUUUGAAGUAAACUCGGAACAUGUCAAGAUAUACCCUAAGGGCACCGCUUGGGUGCGUGACAUUUGGCUUACUAACAGUAUGUGGAGCUUGAGUGAUUUUAUGCUGCAUGGUUGCAAGGGUAAUGGCUCCGUUGCAGAUAGUAAACCAAAAUUAGCAAAAGGCUCCAGUCGCCUCUGGUACAAUCCCUUCACUAAACCAUUUAAUUUUACCGAGUGUGCUCAUGGCAAUACGUCGUGGAAUCACAAUAAUGUACUGAUCACUUCUAAAGAGCAAAUUGAAUCUCGCUUACAUGAAUACGCGAGGGAAAUGGAAGCGUUGAAUGCAAAAGUUGUCAGAGAAUUAGAAUCUGGAUGCUCACCAUCGCUCAUUGAAAGGAUUAUUCAUACGGCUAAAGCUUAUUUGUAA